GAGAGAUAAGAGAGGUGUUACUCUACUUCCUUCAAGGGUGCUCAAUUCAAUGGCUGAUUGCAAUGAAUGGAAACCUUUCAUUGCGAUGAUAACAGUUGAUUUUGCCUUUUCCAUUGUGAAUAUUCUUCUAAAGAAAGUCCUUGAUGAGGGGAUUAACCAUUUGGUCCUUAUCACCUACCGGCUUUCGAUUUCUGCUCUUUUCUUGGGUCCAAUUGGCUACUUCUGGGAAAGGGGUAGCAGACCAAAGCUCACCUUUCGGAUCUCAUGUUACCUGUUCCUUAGUGCCAUUGUUGGGGCAUCACUGACACAAUACUUCUUCCUUAUCGGCAUUCAAUACACAUCUGCUACAUUUGCAUGUGCCUUCGUCAACAUGGUUCCUGUUGUUACAUUUAUAAUGGCACUACCAUUCAAAAUGGAGACUGUUCAUAUAAAAUCCAACAGUGGCAAAGCCAAAACACUCGGGGCCCUGGUGUGUGUUGCAGGUGCCAUACUGUUGACUGUUUACCGAGGAGCGCCACUAUUUAACCAUUCACCCAAUCAAGCUGUAACUCGAGCCAUGGAUCAUGGUCUAAAGCUGAGCCAUGCUAGAAGGGCCGAGAGAUGGACCUUUGGUUGUAUAGCUUUGCUUGCAGGAACCUUGUUGUGGUCUUCUUGGUUUGUACUCCAAUCACAUAUUGGCAGGAGAUACCCCUGUCAAUAUUCUAGCACAGCCAUUAUGUCCUUCUUCGGUGCAAUUCAAUCAGCGGUUUUAUGCUUGUCCACUAAAAGGAGCCUCUCCAUAUGGGUUCUGAAAGGAAAGAUAGAAAUUAUAACUGUCCUGUAUGCUGGAAUGAUUGGAUCAGGCUUGUGCUAUGUGGGCAUGUCAUGGUGUGUUAAGAAAAGGGGUCCCGUCUUUACUGCAGCAUUCAGUCCCCUAGUUCAGAUAAUGGCAGCCAUGCUUGAUGUCCCUGUCCUCCAUGAGGAACUCUAUCUUGGCAGUUUGCUGGGAUCCAUCUUUGUAAUCAUUGGCUUAUACAUUCUUCUAUGGGGUAAGAACAAAGAAAUGCAGAAUCAUGCAACAAGAGUAGCUCAAGAAGCUGAAGAGGUCAAGGAACAAGAACCCCCCGUACAAGUCAUCACUGUCUCUUUUGAUUCAAGGUGUCAUUGAGGCCAGUUAUAUGGUGCUUUCCACUUUCCAAGAAAAUCCAUGUUCGGUACUAAUUGUACUUUCCUUCAAUUUUCACAACAUACGAAUAAAAUUCGAAGAAAAUACUUUCAGCUUCA